AUGUCGUCCAUUUGUUUAAAAAGCCUCUUCUAUUUACACAACCAAAGUUUUAACGUUUGGAGUCAUAUCUUGACCUUAGGCGAGGAAACUCAUCCGAUCUUUGAUCCUUUCAAUUUACCAAUGCUCUCUGCUGGAAUCGGAACAGUAACUGUGUACCUCACAAGCGGUUCAGCGCAUCUCUUCAACCCAAUGUCUGAGAAGGCCAACAAAACCUGUUUCUUCUUCGACUAUGCGGGUAUCAGCCUAAUGACCUUCACUUCAUGCCAAGUAUUGUUUUUUUACACCCGACCAAUGAAUACUGGUUUGAUGAUCUUCGAUUCUCCUUCUCUUUUCUUCUCAGUAGCAAGUUGUCUCAGCUUUCUCGGGACGUACCUCUGUUGCAAGACUAAUGCUAUCAAUAAUCUGUUCAGCACAUCUCUGCACGCAGCUGCAUUUCUCGCCGGCUAUUUAAACACGACAGAGCCUUAUUUGGCGAGUGUGGUGUUUUGCAGUUGUCACAAGGAUGACACGUGCUUAGUAUUCUCUGCCUGCAGUAAAUUAUCCCGUGAUUUCUACCUUGGUCACGUGGUAAACAUGAUUUUAUCCGGCCUCCUGUAUAGCGGCAGGUUCCCCGAGCGUCUUUUCCCAGGGAUGUUUGAUUUAAUUGGCCAAGGUCAUCAACUCAUGCACGUUUUAUCUGCCAUUGGAACAGAAUUUGCCUACUGGAUGAUUAAACUGCACAGGAAGCAAGCACAAGAGAGUGCAGUAAAAAUGGUAGCUACACUGAGUCGUGUUUCACUGUUUAAUACCCUGAUGCUAACUCUUUUGAUGCUUCUGUUGAAUGUGGGUAUCGUCUUGUGGUUUGGAUUAGCGUCUAGUAGAGAAAGCAUGGACACCGUUGAGUCUGCUGAGUGA